GUCGUCGCGUGCAGAUCACAAGAAACUGGAAAUUGUAUCCAACAGAUACAGUAUCUCGACUAGUGUUGAAAUCGAAUUUGCGGGAGCACUAAAGCGAGCGGUAGCCUUAUAAUCACGGCCAUCAGUGUAUUUCGAUGAGGCCAAGAAGUGUGCUAAAUGUGAAAUAAGCUAAGAGGAAAAACGUUAGAGAUAAAGUAGCAACAACAACCACAAGUACAAACAUACGUGCGAAUAUUGAAUUGACAGAACAGCAAAACAACGAAUACAAUUAAAAAGCAACAACUUGAAGUUCUUUUUGUUUUGAAACCGAGUAUAAACCAAUACAACGCAAAAAAAUAAUUCAAAAUCUCUGUUCAACUCAAUAACAAUACAACUUACAACAAAAGUGGCACAAGCUCUGCCAAAAGAAAACUAUCGAAACGAUAUUUUUCUUUUUCAUUUGAAUAUGGUUAGUCAUCAACAACAGUGCCUGCUGUGGCUAGUCAUCCAACUCGUGGCCACUCUGGGUCAACAACUGCAAGGAGCUCCGCGUCCCAGGGGGCGUAUACGCAUUGCGGACAUGCAAAAUCCAGCCCCCGGAAGUGCGUUGAAUUGGCCCAGUCUGACGCAGCCUGGCAGCCCUAUCAGUUCCACUGUGCACACUCACAUUCCCCUUUUGCGUGAGGAGAGCUCACAGAAACCUGCCAUGCCCAGUCAGGAGGCGGUGGUCUACGGCAACUGGAAGCCGGAACACCCAGAGAAGCCCGACAGCAUGGAACCGGAAACCGUCACGAACUCGGACCAGCAGCCCAGAGAGCGAGUCUACGGAAGAUUGGAAGCAAUGCUAAUGGGAAUGCCAGCAGAUGAUAUUGAUGCUAAGCCUUCGAGUUCUAGCGAGGAACAGAUCGCACCAAUUGUCCCUGGAAGCUAUCAGAACCCUGUACACUCACGCCCCUCCAGCUCCAGCUUUGAAAGACCAUCGGAAAAACUUGGACGUAAAAGGAUUACCUCCCAACAGCCACCUCACCAAUUCGAAAUGACAAGAGCUAACAACACGAAUCCCUUGCUCAAAGCUAUGGUCAAAACAAUAAACGAGUCUAUGGAAACUACGACAACAAUAGUUAGGAACAAUCCCCUGCCCACCGCCGACGACAGCUGGAUGCCACUUUCGUACCCGUAUCCGUAUGACACCACAAUUGCAGCACCACCGGCCACGAGCUCUAUGAUACCAGGAUUUAUGCAAUCCUCGGUGGUGCUCCCUCCGGCGCCCACUCAGGCUACGCGAUCCACGUCGGAGCUUCUAAACUGGCCCACUGAUUUCAUAGAUAGCGCCUCCAAUACUCCCAGUCCGAAACGAGUCGAAGGAAACUAUAUGUCUAACAUUGACCGCCGAGAUGAGAGCAUCGCUGAUCCCGUGGAUGAAUACAAGUACUAUGAGGACUCGCUGAACUCCGCGCAGAUGCAUAGCGAGCUGAGUGUUCCAGAAACGAUGCCCCUGAACAUCACCCGGGUGGGCAUCCCAUACGAGGAUCGCAAUGCAUCCGAGGAGCCAACUAUUUGUGUGCCUCUAACCGUCUCAGAGACAUCCCACUCCUCGGAUAGUUCCCUGCCGCUGAUGGUCGAGGUGGAGCGAGUCUACUGCUUCCCUUUGCCCAAGGUGGAGGUGCGACAGGGCCAUUUCCGACCGCAAGUGGAACAGGUGACGCGUUCGGAUCCGAAGGACUUUUCUGGCAUGGAGUUUCAGCCAACAGAGUCCCCAAUGCCAAGUAAUGCAACUGCGGGUGCUACCCGGAGAUCACUUAGUCUUUUGGUUAUCGUAGUCGUAAGCAUGAGCUGGUGGCCGAAGCUCAGGAUCUAAAAUUAGAAUUAUUAUAUGAUCAUUUAGACACAACUCAGGGACCCCAAAAGAAUAUUAUUUUGAUAUUAAAGUUAAGAUUAAAAAAAAAUAUAUUGUU